CCGGCCGAAGUUCACCAAACAAACACGGGAGCCCAAUUCCAAUCAUGUUGGGGCGCACCAUCAUCCUUCGACGCAGGAGCGUACGACUGGCGCAAGCCGCCGCAGGAUGGAGUAGUGCUCGGCUGUCUACCAGCACACUGCACCGGGUGACUAUCGCUCGCCCGGCAUCGUUAAAGGAGUUCCAGCUCAAAGGAACGCGACCGGUGGACCUCCAUGUCCGUGCGUCGCUGACUGCCGACAUUGAGCUUGCGUCGGACGAAGCGAAUGCGUUCCAAAUUGUCACGCAUCCCAACGGCAGCGCCAUUCGCGCCUUGGACAGCGUCGGUAACGCGUCCACUCCGCUGCAUGUGGAGCUGCACUUGCCAUCCCAAACCGACCUGAACGUGUCACUGGUGCACGGGAACGCCACUUUGCACGACAAAGUCGAAGGCAACGUCACGAUUGCGUUGAACCGCGGCAACAUUUCCGCCGACAAGCUCCGCGGGACGAAUGUACGCCUUGUGUCCAACGACGGAACCAUCGCGAUCCAUACGCUCGUCGAAGGAGAGUCUGUGACGCUGUCCGCCAAGCAUAUUGACUGCAAAAAGGUCAUGGCCAAGCGAGCCGAGAUCACAUUGUCCAAGAGCGUUGCAGAGCCACUCAACUCAUCGUUUGGGGCGUUGUACACGAACUUGGCCACGAUUCAGAGUGCCGCCACGGGCACGCUCACCGUCGGCAACGUCCACGGCGCAUUGGACAUUCGCAGCGACGGCACGACCGAGAUUCACGUGGGCAGCGUCAGCGGCAGCUUGUUUGUCGAGGACACGGGCGACAGCUGCAAUGUGGACGUGCAUUUUGACGCAGUGCAGUCGACUGAAGAAGCAUCUAACCGCGUGGUCUGCGGCGGAAAUGCAAACGUGUCGGUGGCGCCGGCGCUCAAAGUGGCCGUGGAACUGCAUGGAAGUUCCGUGGACACGAACGGGUGCGCGUUUGAUGGAAGUGGACUCGAAGUCGACCAGCUGGACGACGAGUAUGUGAUGGCGUCAGGGGAGUUGCGGCCGCGGCUGGAAGACCAAGGGGGACACGUGGCAUCGAAGAAUGGAUCGGGUAAGAUCAACUUGAGUGGCGCCAAGGCGUCGGCCAUGUCCACGUCAUUCUUCACCACGAGCGCCGCCGCCGAGGCGGUCCAACCUGCGGAGGGACAACCCGAACGCAUCUUCGUGCAUGCUGUGAAUGGAAAGGUCACGUUGAAGCAACUGUCGUGGAUGGACAAGAUUCGACUCAAGCACAAGCCAGAAUAAAUCUAACUCCCCUUGGGGUAAUCAUACAUGGAGUUUGUAUACCUGAGGUUGAAGUGUAAUGUCGC